GCGCGAGUUCCCUCCUGCCCGCUCGUCGCUGCUCCCUGGAGGCGCUUUAAUCCUCCGUUCAGCACCGGUGUGAUGCACCACUGCGGGACGCGCGCGCGCACGCACGCACAUUGCGGGAGAGCGCGCCGCGCCCGGAGCUCGGCGAGAUUCACUCUCCCGGUGUGGGAUACGGGUUGCGAGUGACCGGUUCUGGACCACUGCAACCCUACACUGUCCCAGAAGGCUAGGGGGUGAGGCAGGGUACACCCUGGAUAGUGCACCGGUCCAUCGUACGGCAGUUGUGCAUGCAGAUAGACUGAUGGGGAAUUUAGCAGCACCAGUUUACCUAAAACACAUUUCUCUGGACCUUGAGAGGAAAUGAACAUGUGGAGGAAACCCAUUCUAGCAGUGAGAACAUUCAGUACUGCAAAGAUUGAGCUGUAAUUAACCCCCUGUUGACACCCGCAACCCAGAAACUGUGAGAAAUUGCACCUCGAGGCCACUGUUAUCCAGCAGUUCAUUUUGAUGUUCUUUAACUGCAGGUGAGGAAGACAUAGAGGCUGGCUGUGGAAAGAAAAGGUUGCUGAAGGUGAAGCGCCAGGGACGAGCAGCGAAGCAUGAGUGCACAUGCGAGCCAGGGGGUGGUGACGACCCCUCCCCCGCCCAGCGUGGGUAGCAAGGAGCGCUACUUUGACCGCAUCGACGAAAGUGACCCGGAGUAUCAGCGUCUGCGCAACAUGUCGCCUGACCUGCGGCAGGACUUCAACAUGAUGGAGCAGAAGAAGAGAGUGACGCAGAUCCUGCAGAGCCCCGCCUUUAAGGAUGAGCUGGAGGGUCUCAUCCAAGAGCAGAUGAAGAAGGGAAAUAACCCAACGGGCCUGCUGGCCCUGCGACAGAUUGCCGACUUCUUCAUGGCCAGCUCCGUAGCCGGCUUCUCCUCCUCCCCCCUCAGCAUGGGGAUGGUCACGCCAAUCAACGAUAUGUUCGGUGUGGAGUCAUCCACACUGGCCAAGGGCGAGAAGCAGAUGCGCUGUAAACUGGCCAGUCUCUAUCGGCUGGUGGAUCUCUUCAGCUGGGCCCACUUCGCCAGCUCAUACAUCACAGUUCGGGUCAGCAAAGAGCAGGACCAUAUUCUCAUCAUCCCCAGGGGCUUGUCUUUUGCUGAAGCGACGGCAGCAAACCUGGUGAAGGUGAACAUCAUCGGCGACAUCGUCGACCAGGGCUCCACCAACCUGAGAAUUGACCCCUCGGGGUUCAGCCCCCACGCGGCCAUCUAUUCUAUGCGGCCCGACGUCCGAUGCGUCGUCCACAUCCGCACCCCCGCCGCAGCUGCCGUCUCCUCAAUGAAAUGUGGCAUCCUGCCCAUCUCCCAGGAGGCUCUUAUCCUUGGAGAUAUUGCCUACUAUAACUACCACGGCUCUCUGGAUGAGGAGGAGGAGCGCAUUGAGCUGCAGAAAGCCCUUGGUCCUUCUGCCAAGGUGCUGGUCCUGAGGAACCACGGCGUGGUGGCACUUGGCGAGACCAUCGAGGAGGCAUUCCAUUACAUCUACAAUGCUCAGUAUGCCUGUGAAAUCCAGGUGAACGCUUUCUCGUGUGCUGGAGGAAUGGACAAUCUUAUAGUGCUGGACAUGGAGAAGCAUAAGCCCAAGACUCACGGCGUUGCCUUGGCUGGGGUGAACAUGGGCAGCCAGAACAAGUGGAAGGUGGGAGAGUUGGAAUUCGAGUCCCUCAUGAGGAUGCUGGACAACCUGGGCUACCGAACGGGCUACGCCUAUCGGCAUCCCAUUGUGCGGGAGAAGCCGCGGCACAAGAGCGACGUGGAGAUCCCAGCCACCGUUACAGCCUUCAUGUUGGACGACGACGAGGCUGCUCGCCUUCCCCUGCGGCUUCUGGCCCAGAGGCAGCAGCGGGAGAAGACCCGCUGGCUCAACUCGCCCAACAGCUACACCAAGGUCAACGUGGCCGAGGGCCCUGGCAGCGAAGACAGCAGCCCCCGGACCAAAUGGAUGAAGUCCGAGGAUUCCGGCAACAGCAGCGGCACGCCCAUCAGGAUCGAGGACCCCAAUCAGUUCGUUCCUCUGAACACGAAUCCCAGCGAGGUGCUGGAGAAGCGAAACAGAAUCAGGGAGCAGAACAGAUAUGACCUCAUGACGGCCGGACCGCAGUCUCAGCUCUUGGCUGGAAUCGUGGUGGACAAAAAGCCACCCUUCGUGCCGCCGCCCGAUGAAGACCAGAUGGAGCCUCUUCCGCCCAACCCCUUCAGCCAGCUGUCUGAGACGGAGCUAGAACAAUACAAGAAGAGCGUGGAACGCCGUCAGCUGGGCAUCGAGGAUGCCGAGCACGAGCUAACCUCCGACGACGGCUCCACUCUCUCGCGGUCUGUGUCGCAAACUCAGACGCCGCAAACCACUCCGGCUAAAGAAGGUAUCGGAGAAGGUGAGAACCACACGGGUGCGCUGCUCAACGGCAAGGAUGAGCCGCACGACAUCGAGGGCGACCUGAGCAAGCGCAUCAGUCAGCUGACCACAAGCGCGGAGAGCGUGGAGAUUACGGUGAAGGGUGGCGAGAAGAUCGAGGAGGCCCUCUCCCCGGAGAGCUCCCCGUCCAAGUCGCCUAGCAAGAAGAAGAAGAAGUUCCGCACGCCUUCCUUCCUGAAGAAGAACAAAAAGAAAGAAAAGGCUGAGGCCUAGAUGAGCUGUUGGUCUAGAUUGUCUGUACUGUCUUGUCUGUUUUUUUUUUCUUUCUUUCUUUUUCUUUGUUAAACCAACUAUUAUGUUAGAAACGACACUGCACAUUUGGGAAAGAAACGGAACGCGUAGCGUAAAAUCGAUCGCGAGGUUAAUAUCAUCUCUAUCCAGGGGUGCUGUGUUUCUUCCUGUCCUUUUUUUUUUGUUUGUUUGUUUUUUGUAUUUUGGGAGGAAUAGAAAUUUGUGAACCAAAAAAAAAAAAAAAAAAAAAAUCACGUAGGAAUUUUCCUGAAAAAACUGGCUCUCGAAUUCCAGCCGCUCCGCCGAGCCCCGGGCGCGAGGGAGGCCUCGGCGUCUCCGUGGCGCCUCCGCUGUGCCGUCGGCCGGCCGUAGCUGAGAGAACACGGCACACAUCUGUUGCAUUUAACUGCACAGCGUUUAACUGCGGAAAACUCAGCCCGAUUACUGUUUAUUUUUUUAUUAUUAUUUUUUAUUAUUUUAUGGCCUGCUUCCAUUUACGUUUUGGUCACUUGGUCCGUAGCGGAUUGCAGCUGAACAGCCUGCCACACUGGAAACUGUUUGUAGUAGAUAACAGGGUUUUUUUUUUUUUUUUUCCUUUUUCCCC